UAGCGUUAUGCUUCUUUUUUUCUUUCUUUCUGUCUUCUUCAGUUGCUUACAUUCAUUCAGCCGGUUUAAUUAAAGUGACACAGAGUCCUUGUAGAUGCAGCUGUAUGGAGACAGGUCGGCUAACGUGUUGUUGUAUUGAAAGACACGAAGCUGAAGCGGGGUGUACCUCCAUGCUGGUGUGCAGUUCUCGGCUAUUCUCCCUCAUUAUUUCCCAUCAUCCACCUCCUUCCUGCAUCCGUUUUCCCAGACAGACGUUUUGGUCAAGCUUAGUCAGUGCUGCUUCUGCCAGCAAACGACUGAGAUCCAUGGAUCCCCCGAAAACUGCUGAGGCCCCUGAUAUUCCCACCACCAAACCUCCUCCCACACCUUCAGCAGAGAGCAUGAGCCCGGCACCCACCGACGCGGCAGCUGAUGAGGAGCAGCCGCGCCUUGAGGGACUGUUACCUGGGGAGACGGUGGUCAAGGAGGGCAAGGCAGCCAUCUUGUUUCCAAGUGCUAAUGAGGUGUUUUACAACCCAGUGCAGGAGUUUAACAGAGAUUUGACAUGUGCUGUGAUCACAGAGUUUGCCAGAGAUCUGCUGGCUCAGCGCGGGGUGAAGGUGGUGGUGCCUGGAGAGAAAGAAAGGGUGGUGGUCUCUCUGUCAGAGGAGGCGAACGAGGCCGACGUACAGACGGAGGAAAAAAACGGAGCAGAGGAGCCAGCUGUAACUGUGACAGCUGGGGAGAAAUGUGAGCGCGGUCUUCGUGUGCUGGAGGGUCUGGCGGCAUCCGGGCUGCGCUCUGUGCGUUUCGCUCUGGAAGUCCCGGGCCUGCGGAGCGUCACCGCCAACGACUUCUCCACCAAGGCUGCGGCACUGAUCGCAAGGAAUGCCCAGUACAACGGAGUCAACCACCUGCUCCAGGCCAGCUGCAGGGACGCCAGUAUGCUGAUGUAUGAGAUGCGAGGGAAAAAGGAGCGUUACGAUGUAAUAGAUCUGGAUCCCUACGGUAGCCCUGCCUCCUUCUUAGAUGCCGCUGUGCAGGCCGUCAGUGAAGGAGGUCUGUUGUGUAUAACAUGUACAGACAUGGCGGUGAUGGCAGGAAACAGUGGAGAGACCUGCUACAGCAAAUACGGUUCAGUCUCUAUCAAAGCCAAAUACUGUCAUGAAAUGGCUCUUCGGAUCAUCCUCCACAGUUUGGAGCAGAGGGCAGGGGUGUACCAGCGAUACAUCCAGCCUCUGCUGUCCGUCAGUGUUGACUUUUACAUCAGGGUCUUUGUACGGGUCUUCACAGGACAGGCCACAGUCAAAAACUCAGCCAGUAAACAGGCCCUGGUCUACAACUGUGUCGGCUGCGGGUCUUUUCACUUACAGAGAAUGGGCAGGAGAACAAGCAAUGGAAAACAUAUGAAGUAUUCUCCUGCCACUGGGCCCCCAGUUGGACCAGAGUGUGAGCACUGUGGACAGAGACAUCAGCUGGGUGGACCCAUAUGGGCCGAGCCCAUCCACAACCUGCCAUUUGUCCAGAAGGUCUUGUCCGCUGUGUCGGGGAACCCGUCCAGAUUUGGGACGUCCAAACGCAUUGAGGGCAUGCUCAGCAUGGUGACUGAGGAAUUAGAAGAUGUUCCUCUUUAUUACACCGUGGACAGUCUGAGCAGCACGAUACACUGCAAUACUCCACCUCUGCUCCAGUUUAGGUCUGCUCUCCUUCAUGCUGGACACAGGGUUUCCCUCGCUCAUGCCUGUAAGAAUGCCAUCAAGACAGACGCGCCUCCUGCAGUCCUCUGGGACAUUAUGCGAUGCUGGGAGAAGGCCAAUCCUGUGAAGAGGGAGAAACUGUCAGAGACUAGCCCCUCCUUCAAGAUCCUCGCCAGUGAACCCAGCCUAGAAGCCUGUUUCACUGUGAGGGAAGACGCCAACCCUCAGUCCCGUAAACGCCACCUGACCCGGUUCCAGGAGAAUCCUCAAGCCUUCUGGGGACCCAAAGCUCGUGCCAAAGCUGGCGGUGGGAUUUCUACUAACCUACAGGACAAGAGGAAGAAGUGCCAGAACAAGAGAAAGAACCAGAUCACAGACUCUUCUCAGCUAAAAGACUUCCCCUGCAAGAGGUUCAGACAGUCAAAGCACAAGAGAUGAACAGUAACCAGGUUUCUAUUCCAGCUCACUGAGUUUUUGCAGGGAACAUGCACCCACGGAGACAAAUGCUGCUACUCCCAUGACCUGCAGCAGACAAAUGACCAGAAAAUGGAAUGAUUCGAAGUUUUGUGUUGUUUUUUUUUAUUUUUAUUUUUUAAAUAAUUUUAUUUUUGGACUUUGAAUGGCCGAACGCAGCCUGGACGAAGUGAGAAUAACGCACUGUGGUCAGAUUGUAUUUGGAAGGGGACAAAAAGCUAAAAGCUCGAUAUGCAGAACAUGUUCAUUAUUCAGUUUUAUCCCAGAACUUUUUUUGUUUUAGGUUCUUAUUUUAUGCAAGUGUCGUUUCAGUCCAUUAAAGUCCUCACGCUGACUCUA